AUGGCGGACAACACACCAUCGCCGGCCCCCGCCAGCGCAUCUGGUAGCGGCACAACCGCAUCCACCACCACCUCCUCCUCCUCCGCCGUCCCAAUAUCACCCGUAUCCACCUCUCAGAGUGGCUAUCGACCGCAAUCACGCUUCAGCUUCCCCGCCGCAGCCCAACCCGAAAUCGUUCGAGCCUAUCAAAAAGACACUUACUACAAAGACCUCUUCACAUCUCAAGUCUCCGAUGUGGUCCGCUCUCUCUUUGGAACCCGCGUCCAGCAUUCCCACCUAUCCUCGAUCUCUCUUGUUGGUGCUUUGGGGUAUUACCUCCUCUCCACAUCCUCCAUCCCUGGCAUGGGGGAUGGUAGAGGAGGACAAACUCUCGGAGAAGAAUACGUCAAUUGCAUCCCACAAGACACUCGCUCUGGCCGUAUAGUCACUCCUUCCAAACGACUAGCUUGGAUCUUACUCCACGUAUUAGGCCCAUACUCUUUGACCAAACUCUACGCAGCAUUACGGCGAUAUGCGGUAAACACAAAAGAACGGCUAGACCAACAAGAAGCACGUGCUAAAGCCCGGGCUAGAGCUCUCGAUAAACCGUACCACCCCGCAAACCCCUUACAGCGCAGAGUGGUGGAGAGGUUAGCUGGAUUAAUGCCACCACUGGAGACAUUGCAAAGUCAAGAUGGUUGGUUAGCAUAUCUUUCAGCAGCUCAUCUGAUGUUGUUCUAUCUAGGAGGCAAGUUUUAUAGUCUUGCACAGAGGUUGACGGGAACAAGGUACAUUUCGACCAUUCCGAAAAGACAGGGGUAUCAACCACCGAGUUAUGAGGUUUUGGGUGUACUGUUGGGGAUUCAGUUAUCAGUUAAACUGUUGAUGGAGGUGAGGAGUUACAGGAGGUCUCGUAAACAACAAAGCCCAAGCUCACAGGAGGGAUCGAAGAAACAAACAUCAUCAGGCAGUAGUGCGGGAGCGAUGGAUCCAAGUACAACAGUAGUCAUUGACAAAAAUGUUUUCUCGCAUGUUUCACAACCACCAAAACGCCUCCGUUCCGCAGCAGAAGAAAGUAAAGGAAUAGUCGAACUACUCUACGCCCAUCUCCCCGACGACGACGAAGAAGGAAGCGGGGAGAAGGAAGAAGUGGUGGUAGCAAGGAUGAACACAACAGCAGCAACUUCCAACGCAACCAACACACUCCAAUGUACCCUAUGCAUGGAUCAACGAACUCCUCACAAAGGAACCUCUGCAGUAACCGAAUGCGGUCAUUGUUUCGAUUGGAACUGUAUCACAAGUUGGAUAGCAGAAAAACCUGAAUGUCCUUUAUGCAGACAACCGUUACAAUUGCAUAAAAUCCUCCCCAUCUACAACUUCUAG